AAAAUUUUAUCUAUUGACUUGAUGUCGAUUCUAUAGUAUAUAAACCAUUUUCAAAGGAUUGAGACCAUUAUUAAAGUUAGUAUUCAGUAUGAAAGCUUUGAUACUUCAAGUGGUGCUCUAUGCUAUUGCAAUAAAUAGCACACAGCUAGAUAAGGAGACCCCUCUUGAUUCUCAAUAUGUUGAUAUUACUCAAACCUUAAGAGUGUUACGUAUCACUGACGAAGACGUAAAAAUAUACUUUAGGAAUAAACAAUUUCCCGAUAAUGACAUUCCAUUAAGUCCAUAUAAUUAUGAAAAAUUAGAGAAUGAUGGUUUUUCUGCAGAAAAGGACACAGUAUUGUUAAUUCACGGUUGGAAAAAUAGUUACAAAUCCACAUUUAACAAGUUACUUUCAGAAGCUUACCUAAGCAAACAUGAUAUUAACAUCUUAGUUAUUGAUUGGAGCUCUGUAGCGGAUACUUGGUACUAUCCAUCAGCUGUUGGAGAAGUCGAAAGUGUUGGAGAGGUUGUUGGCAACUUUAUCAAAAGGCUCCAGACACGUUUACAAUUAAAUUUAGAUAAAACCUCUAUCGUUGGACAUUCUUUGGGAGCUCACGUUGCAGGAGUUGCAGGACGUACUGUUGGAGGAAAAAUUAAUUAUAUCGUAGGUUUGGACCCUGCGUCUUUGGGGUUUAAUUUUUUCAAACGAAACAGUAAGUUACGGCCCACCGAUGCCAAAUUUGUUCAAAUUCUUCACACAAGCCUUUACGGAAUAGCUGAAAAUAUGGGGCAUGCAGAUUACUAUGCAAAUGGAUUCGUUGGUCAGCCAGGAUGUUCGUGGUGGGAAUUCAAAUUAUGUAGUCAUAACAUAGCGUACAAGUACUUUGGGGAGUCCAUAAAAUCUGGAGGUUUCAAGGCACAAAGUUGCAGAAGUAACUCGGAACUGAUAUGGAGUGGCUGUAAAGGACCUGAGUCGUAUAUGGGACAGUUUGAUAUUGAUAAAACUAUAAGAUCUAUGCUUUUUAAUCAAGUUAAUAAAUUCCUAUCAAGAAUGAACAACGUACUUGUCUUGUGUGCGAUUUUCUCGUGUGUCGCCACUAUUCCAACAUCCGUGUUUAGAGACCCUUCUUCAGAACUGUACAAAAUUCAAGAUUUAAGCCAACCGAUACAACUGAAAAAAAGUGUUUGUAAUGACGAUAUAAAACUAUACUUCAGAAAUCAGAACGGUAGAGACAAUGAAAAUGCAUUGGAUGUAAACGAUACAAGCUCGCUACAAAGUCUUGGUUUCUCAACAGAGAAGUUUACGAUAUUCCUCAUCCAUGGCUGGCGAAACGAGUACGAUUCCGAUAUAAACACCGUACUAACUGAAGCUUAUCUCAGCAACUAUGACGUCAAUGUAUUCGUGGUUGACUGGAGCAACUUAGCUGACGACCUUUACGUAAAUGCAGCUUCAGCUGUUGGCGGAGUUGGGGAGAUUGUUGGUGACUAUAUUCAAUCUCUGAUGAAAAAUAAUAAUCUGGACUUGGAUAGAACAGCUGUAAUAGGACAUUCCUUGGGAGCUCACGUUGCGGGGAUAGUAGGUCUUGCUCUUCGUGGAAAACUUGACUAUAUUGUCGGUUUGGAUCCUGCAUUACCUUUGUUUUUAAUUGUUCACGAUGACUUCAGAUUGGACGCCACGGAUGCUAAGUUUGUUCAAGUGAUUCACACUUGUGCCGGUUUUCUUGGUAUCGACUUCAAUAUUGGACAUUCCGAUUACUUCCCUAACGGUGGAAGAGACCAACCAGGUUGUUGGAUGGAUGUAGUAGGUACAUGUGCACAUGGAAGAUCUUUUAGAUACUUUGCAGAAUCUAUAAAAUCUGGGGGAUUCAUUGCAAGGAAAUGCAAUAAUUACAAUGAUUUUCAAUACAAUAAUUGCUCCAAAGAAUCCUCUAAUAUGGGCGAAUAUCAUAUUGAUAAAAGGGCUUCCGGUGCAUAUUAUUUGGACACCAAUGAUGAUCCACCAUAUGCCAAAAACUGACCGAAAAUGUAUACGAUCAUUAAAAUAAUAUAAAGGCAUUUUAGAGAAGGCGAAAACGGCAGGUUCGUUAAAAAAAUAUUCCCAUGAGACUAUUUUGCAUAAUCUUAUCCGUGAGACAUCCCAGAAUAAGGUUCAAGAAGUUGCCUACGUAAAAAGUGGUCCAAAAUUUUUUUUCAAUUUUUUUUAAUCAAAUUGCAAAAAUCAAUAUUUUCGGCCCGAACACAUUUUUUUAGGUUUUGUGGACCAUUUUGGACAAAAAAGGUCUCUUAUAAUUUUUCUCUAAAGUCGCUCGUUUUCGAGUUAUAAGCAAUUUAAAAUUGAAAAGACGAAAAAUGGCGAUUUUAAAGGAUUAAUAACUCGGUUAAAAAUUAUUAUUUUGAAAUUCAGAAAGUGACCAAAUCAAAUAUUAUAGCCUCCACUACACGAUCCUGAAUAUAUGUGUGUCAUUAAUUUAUUACUAAGCUGUUAUUUUUAAUUAUUUAAUUAUUAAUAAUAAGCCGUAAAAUCGUAUUGACGCGGCUGUAAAUGUGAGUGCGAGUAAGAGGCACCAUUAACUGCCGGAAUGGCAUCUCUCUCGCACUCAUCAUUGCCGGCCGCCUAAUACGUGCAUGGGGCUUAUUAUUUUUACUUAAAAAUAACAGCUUAGUGAUAAAAUAAUGACAAAAAUUUCUUCAGGAUCAGGCGGGCUUUAAACUUUUAUUGAUCACUUUCUGACUUUCAUAAUAAUAAAUUUUAACCGAGUUAUUAGGCCUUAAAAAUAGCUCGUUUUUUCAAUUUUAAAUUGCUUACCUAUAACUCUAAAACGAGCAAUUUUAUAGAAAAAAUUAUAAGCGACCUUUUUUGUCCAGAAUGUUCCAAAAACUCUAAAAAAACGUGUUAGGGCCAAAAAUAUUGAUUUUUGCAAUUUGAUUAAAAAAAUUAAAAAAAAAAUUUGGACCACUUUUCACGUGGGCAACUUUUUGAACCUUAUUCUGAGAUGUCUCACGAAUAUGAUUAUGCAAAAUAAUCUCAUGGGAAUAUUUUCUCAAACGAACAAGGUUUCGCCUUGUCUAUUUGGUCGUUUUCUGUUUUAAGAGAAUAUAUUUUUAGUUUUUUAGUGCGUAAAAUAAAAACGUCACUGAUAAUUAUCUUAUAGUAAAUCGAUGUUUUUAAGAAUGUGUGAUAUAGAUAAUAAAGAUAACAUUAUUA